UAUAGUUUGAUAAUCUGUAGAUUAUCACUAGACGUGAGUUUGAAGGCGCCCGUGCUUCUAACCUAUUAUUUCACACGCGUUUUCCUGUUUAGCGGCAUAAUCUCGUCACUAGAAUAAAUUCUGGAAUUUUCUUGUUUUAGUUCGGCAUUCUGGACGAUUCAUAGUGUUUCAGCUUGCUAAAGAGGGCAUUUUACGAAUAUCAAAAUGGUUAAAGCUGGAGUAAACACACCCAACAAGCGCAAAAGCCUCACUCCAAAUGCGUCAGCGAAAAAACUUAAAGUGGAAAACGGCAACGGUGCUCCGAAAAAACAAGCCCAAUCCCCCAAAGGCAAACAGCAAUCAAACAAAAAUAAUAAAAAUAUCAAAGUCGAGUCCAAUGAUGAAUUACCGAAAAUUGCCCCCAAAGGCAAACAACUGAAUAAGAGUAACCAGAAUACACCGCAAGUAGCAAAAGGGAAGCAACAGAAAAACAAACCCGUCAAAGCCGAGGCUACUGAAUUGGCCGAACCCGCCGUUGCGGCUCCAAAUGCAAACAAAAACGUUCAACAAACCGAAGAAGCGCCUAAAAAUGCGAAAUCUGCCACUGCCAAGCCUAAAGGGCCCAAGCCUAAAACGCAAGCGAAAUUAGCUAAGGAUGGAGCCCAAACGGCGGAAAGCAAGAAGACAAGGAAAAACGCGUUCUCCAACUUGGCUGCUGAAGUAAAAGCGAAGGAAGGCACCAAAGACGCUGAACUCAACAAAGUGUUGGACACCAGGAUAGCCGCAAUCACUGUACGGAAAGAGCUCACGAAAACAGCUAAGAAGAAGCUGGGCAUUCUUAAUAAACUGAAAAUGAUCAUCAACGAGGGCUCAGCCGCUGCCAGCGCAAAAACUAAAGCUGAAAUUGCGGAAGCCAAGAAUGCCGCUGCGGACGAGAAGCUGCAAAAGAAAGGACAGCCUGAGAAAAAGGCAGCUGUAGUCAAAAAGGGUAAGGGGUCUAGCAAACAAGUUCCUGAAGAUGAUGGUGACGAUGAAGAAGAAGAUGUAGAUGAGGAGGGGGCGUCUGAAGAUGAAGAUGCUGCUUCUGACGAGGAAUCCGACGACUCAGACUCAUAAAUCAAUUGUCAGUAGCUAAUCCCUUGAACUUUGGUUACUGCGUCCAAGGUAUAAGAGUAUACAACAAAAUGUAAAAUUUUUAUAUUCAUAAGGUAAGAUAAGUAUGUUACUUAAGCAAUUUUAGUUCUGUUAGAACGUGUAUGGGUGUUUCUUGUGCAUAGAAAAACCAAUAUACGUACGUCCAAACA